AUGCGCAGUUUGAUUCAGCCCCAAGCAGCAGCAACGGAACUAACAGUAAUAUUGGAAGCAUGGGCACCAGUACGGAAAGUAUUCCUGUGCAAAACUGCAGCGUGGCAGGUAACACUGGAAAAUCCAAUUAUUAACUACAUAUGCAAUUUUCUAAACAACUACUCACCACCUUCCUUCGCAGAUGAUGAAGUGUUGUCGAUCACUGCGCUGGAUUUCGUAUUGAGGAGGAUUCGCAAUAAAUGUGGACGGCAAGCAGUGGUGCUACGAACGGUGUUUGAAGGUGCUAUUGUUGAUUUCGAGGCUUUACGAAAUCUGUUCCAAAUGGCGGGUUGGUCCGGUUACUACGGUUGCCCAAAAUGUUAUGCUCGUGGUGGCGGUCCUGUACAGUGGACAACAAAAUCGCCUGAUAGUAAACCGCGGGAUGAGACGCAGAUCGCAGAUGAAGCACGUAAUGCCGACAUGGGAUUUCGAGGUUACAAUUCCUUUCAUUUCAGUCUUCAAAACCCACUGCAAAAACUUUAUAGCAUCCGCGAAACAGAUGAUUUACAGAUGUAUUUGGCGCACGAUGCCGUUCACCUCGUAUCAAAUGUCACCCUGCUGACGUUAGAACUGUUAUGCAGGGCUGUACAUCUGCUAAGUUCCCGUGCUAUUCCAUACACAGAACACGACCAAUUACGGAAUUCAAGAGAUUUACCGGCCAAGACUUCACCAACGUAUAUUUCCUUCGUUUGUCCUGCUGUUUUGCCCGAGAGCUAA